AUGGCGAUUCAUAAUACCAGUAGCCCCUUUACUGGUUACGUCGAAUACUUUGUGUAUGGAAUGAAAGAAAUUGGAAUCAUUAAAAAAGAAAAAGUCAUCAAUGAAGAGCAAUGGGACCUUCUUUAUCCUUUAUAUGGCACACCCGAAAUUAGCAACUUUGAUAUUUCAUUAUUGACAGUCUUAUUGCGUAACAUAUGUGGUCUAACAGCUCCACAUGGUGGAUGGGAUAAUCUUCCUUCCUCUUCCGAAACUUCAAUCUCAGCAAAUAUUGCAAAAUUAAAGUUUUAUCGAAACAAAGUGUAUGGUCACAUAACUACAACUAGUGUAGAUGACAGUGAGUUUGAGUACUUGUGGCAGGAAAUUUCAAAAGCAUUGUUUGGUCUGGGUAUUCAACAAACUGAAAUUGAUGAAUUAAAGAAAGCUCCCCUCAGUCACGAUGAAGUAAAUUAUAUUGAAAUGUUAAAAAACUGGUGUACUGUUGCUGAGAAAACAAAAGAAGAUAAAGCUGAUGUAGCUGAAAUCACACAAGUUAUGGCAACAAAAGCUGAUGUAGCUGAAAUUACACAAGAGAUGGCUACAAAAGCUGAUGUAGCUGGAGUAAGAGAAUUGAUACAGGACAAAAUAGGUUCUGAUCUUAAGAAGCUUGGAAAGUGUAAUUUUAAUGGUCUAAUAAAAGUUCUUAACAAGAAAUACCUUGAAGGCACUAGACAAUGGUUAUUUGAAAAACUCGACACUUGGUUUAACGAUAGAAGUGAAGAUGCUUCUAAUGUCAUGAUUUUGAUUGCUGGUCCUGGCGUUGGUAAAAGUGUGUUUGCUGCUGAUAGGCCGUAUUCUGUAUCACGAAAAUUUUACACCACUGAGUACAACCUACGAGAACAACCUACGAGCACAAGCUACGAGGAGAUAAACUUAGGAGGCAUAGACUACCGUCUACCGAAGUACACUCUCUUUGCAUCUGGAAAGUGUUCGGACGAAUGCCUUCCCCCGAAUGCAGAUAGCAUGCUUUUGCACAUUAAGAGAGCCAACUACCAAGCAGCCAUCUGGAAGAAUAGUUUUCAAUCGCACGUUAAUGUUCAACCUCCUGUGAGCCAUGGAUGGCACAUGAAAAAUGGUCAGUUAGAGAUUCUUUGGAUGACUGGACCAUCUGCUCCAGAUACACUUAUUGAGUGCGUGACAUGCAAGUGUAAAGCUGGUUGCAAGAAUCUUCGAUGCUCGUGCGUGAAGUCUGGUUUGCAAUGUACUGACAUUUGCGGUUGUUCUGACUGCAGUAACUACGCCUCUGAAGAUGACGGCCCAAUGAAAGAGCCGGAUGAGUGCGAUGAUAGCGAUUACGAUGAUGCCGACGAAACACAUGAAAACUUCAUAAACGAUUUCAAUGAAAUUCUUUUUAAUACGGCCUAUGAGGUGUGUCGACGAUAUUCUGAAGAGAAGAAACUUGCUGCUUGUCAUUUCUGCAGAUAUAAUAUAUCAGAUUAUAGAAAUCCUCGAAUAUUGAUAGAAUCAUUGGCCUGUAGCAUGUGUGAUACAAUAUUUGAUUUUAAAUGUAAACUGAAUGAAGAAUUACAGAGAAAUCAUUCCUACGAAUCAGUCACCGAUGCAUUCCGUGUUUUAUUAAAUAAUCCAUUGCAUUCAUUGGAAGAUCAUGAACCAAUGCUUUUGAUUAUUGAUGCAUUAGAUGAAAGCCAAGUUGAUGGCAAAAGAGAAUUGUUGGAAUUGAUUGCAGAAGAGUUUGACCGACUGCCUAAAUGGAUUAAAAUCUUUAUCACCAGUCGUCCAGAACUUCCUGUUCAAAAGGAGUUGAAAGACAUGAAUCCUGUGGAAAUUACAACUCGUCCUCGUGAUGAAAACAACGAAGAAGACCUGUACAAGUAUUUGAGACAUCAGUUGAAUGAUCAGGUGCAGGAAAAUCGCAAUAUUCCAUAUUUAUUAGUUACAAAAUGUGAGGGAUAAUUUCUUUACGCGUAUCACGCACAACUGUGCUUGAAAGAAAAAAAUAUUGAGCUUACUUACGAAAACAUUCAAGAAUUGUUCCCUAGUGGGUUAAGCGGUGUUUACACAAAGCAAUUCAAAAGAGUAAAAGAAUUGUUAACGAAGGAAAGUCCCAUAAAUUCUGUUAUCUCAGAAACUACUUUCAUGCAAUUUCUUGAAUUGUUGGCUGCCUGUCAGGAGUUUUUACCAUUAACUUUA